AUCCCUCCCAUGUGUAUAUGUUUUUUUUAUUUAUUUAUAGGUUUUAUAUUAUAUUGUCCGCUCUUCCGCUGUCAUCGCCCUGGGCCUCGGAGCUUUUUAUCUGGUUAUUGAAGUCCGCUGUGGCUCUGUGGUGGGGUAAACUUGCAAAGGAAUAGAGGGGAAUUAAUAGCAGCCUUUGCCCCGGCCUCACCGCCGGCGCCGACUAACUAGUUAACCCUCAUUGAGUCCUUGGGGUUGUAUUUGUGUCUUGGUUAACUUAUUCAAGCAUCUGCGGGCCAUUAAAUAUGUUAAUGUUACCCCUGCCGCCGCCAGCAACCUCGGCUACGACAUGUGAGAGACGGGGGUCGAGGAAUUAAAAAAAAAAAAAAAAAAAAAAAAAAAAUGAGAUAAUACAAUGGCAAAUAAUGAUGACGAAAAGAAGGAUAAAAUACAUAAUUAUUGAAGACGAUGUGCGGAGGCUGCUGCUGUCAUGCGUCAUGUCUCGACCAGGCAGCGGUUAACCAGCAAACCAUGGAUAUCAGGGGAGAUAAAUAUAGUCAUAUAGAGAUGGGAGAAAGCCAACAUGUUAUUUCCAGACAUUGACCCUGUCUGUUUCUUGCAUUGUAUUACUUACUAUUCAAUGCAGCCAUGUCCCUCCCCAUCGUUGGCGGGAUCAGUGUCCUGGAGAGCUACGUUCUCCAGCGAACUGUGUUCCCCGAAUCGGCCUUCUACGGCCUCUGCCUACGUGUACUAGCGCUGAAUAUCGCGUUGAAGCUGCUAUAUCAUGUCGUGAUAUGGCCGAGAUUUCUGAGUCCGUUGAGGCAUCUGCCAGUGGUGAAGGUGUGUGUGUGUGGCAGACUCAACAUGGCCAAACUCGUCUUCGACGAACCCUGCGGCAAAUUACCCUUGAAAUGGAUGAAAACCAUCCCCAACAACGGCUUGCUCUACUUCCGCAACAGUAUCGGCCACAACUGCCUGCUGCUCACCAACCACGCCGCCCUGCUCGACGUCAUGAGCACAAACACCUACGAUUUCGAGAAGCCCGGCAAAGUGCGCGCGUUCCUUGCGCGCAUCAUCGGCCACGGCUUGAUCUUGUCUGAGGGCGCCAUUCAUAAGAAGCAUCGCAAGGCCAUCAACCCUGCUUUUAACAUUAAGAAUAUCCGUGCCCUGUAUACGCUUAUGUGGGAGAAGACGGGCUUGUUGCUGAAGGAGCUGGAGAAGGAUCUCAAGGAGCAUCCGUGGGAAGGGGUAGGUGGUGCGCAGGGCAUGGGAAAGGUUGAGAUGGGCGAGUGGGCGAGGCGGCUCACACUUGAUAUAAUCGGCCCUGCUGCCAUGGGCCGCGAUUUCCGCUCGAUGCAGUCAUCCGAGCACGCCGUGGUAGAUGCCUUCUUGUCCAUCCUGGAACCUACUAAGGAGAAGAUAGCUUUCCUGAACGUCAAUUUCCUCUUCCCGCAAUGGUUCACCCAAAGACUGCCCUGGAGCAUUAAUGAGGUCAUUACCGAAAAAACGGAUUUCCUGCGCAGCCUCUGUCUGGAUGUUGUUCAGGAGAAGAAGGCGGCUCUUAUCUCCAGCAAGGCCACCGCUAAGGAACUUGAGACUGAUAUCCUGGGCACAAUGAUGGUCGGAGGAGACUUUUCGGAUGAUGAGCUUGUUGAGCAGAUGCUCACUUUCCUUGCAGCAGGGCACGAAACAACCGCCAGCGCCCUCACCUGGGCCUGCUACCUCCUCACAAAGCACCCAGACAUCCAAACCCGCCUGCGCGCCGAAAUCCGCGCCCGCAUCCCCAGCGGCAACAGCCCCAUCACCUACGCAGACCUCGAAUCCCUCCCCCUCCUCAACGGCGUCUGCCAGGAAGUCCUCCGCCUCUACCCCACCGUGCCCAUGACCGUGCGCGAAUCCAUCCGCGACACCAGCAUCGCCGGCAACCAUGUGCCCAAGGGCACGCGCAUCCUCAUCUGCCCCUACGCCAUCAACCGCAGCCCGACCUUCUGGGGCGAGACGGGCGAGCAGUUCCUCCCGCAGCGCUGGAUUGAUGUCAAGCCCGAUGGGACGGAGAGCGUCAACCACCAUGGCGGGGCGGCGACGAAUUUCGCGCAGAUCACGUUCCUACAUGGGCAGCGGAGUUGUAUUGGGAAGGAUUUUGCGCGGGCGGAGCUGCGGUGUGCGCUUGCUGGGGUGGUGGGGAGGUUUCGGUUUGAGAUGCAGGAUCCCAAGCAGCGGAUUCGGAUUGCAGGGGCGGUGACGACGAAGCCGGUUGAGGGGAUGCAUUUGAAGAUGGAGAGGGUGGAAGGGUGGUGAGGUUUUGUGAUAUAUUUUUGAUUGAUACCCAUGAAGUUUUGAUUGAGGAGGCGGGGGGGGGUAUGUAUUAUGAAAUUUAUGCUUCCUGAAUGACUGUAUGUUAGUGAAUUAAAAUGUUUGCGAUAAGAAUGAUAUUUGUAUAAAUAUAACAUUACUUCUGUGUAGUUAGUCACAGCAAUUACAUACUAAUGAG